AUGUCCACGGUCAACAACACGACAAGUGGUAACGAGUCAGUGGUAUUCCGGCCAUCCAGUGGGUAUGACAUCCCUUUGUACGGCCUCAAGAACGGAGUAUUCUACUACAUUCAUGGGCUGGCGAUUGGUUGCUUGGUGACAUCACUCACGUGCGCGCUUCUGGCCAUUGUCUUCUCCCUCCGUCAAAAUAACGUCCGGAACUUCUUCUCAAACUGGUCGAAAAGCGAACGAUUCAUUGUGUACAUGGCAACCUGCGACGGCCUCUUCAACCUGACACACCUGAUUGAUCACGUGCACAUCACGAUCGUCCGUGACUACGUGCACCCAAAAGCUCUUUGCGCGUUUUACGGUUUCAAUUUGUCUUUUUUCAUCGCCGCUCAACAGCUAUUGGUGAACAUCAUCGCCAUUAACGCUUUCAUGCUUAUGUUCUACAAUCGUCAUCUCAACUUCGGCGCGGGAGACUGGAAGCUCUUCCUUUGGACGUUUGGGGCACCGCUUGUAGGAGCGACGGUGGCGGUUGCGUUUGAACAGUAUGGACCACUUGGGAUAUUCUGCUUUUUUGACGGCGUCAAAGGCAGACUGGGCGAAUUGUUCUUCACCACCGUGCCGCUGUUAAUUAUACUUCCGGUCAAUUGUAUUCUAUAUGGCCUCACGUUUGGGAAACUGCACGUGCGCGCCAAAGAGAUACAGCAGACGCUUGGACCAAAGUCGACAACACAACGAGCAACCUACAGAGCUGCACGAUCAAUGUCUAUGUUUGUGCUGGCUUUCAUCGCUCAGUGGUGGGCGUUGGCGCUGCAUGGGGCCUGGGGGCAAAUUAGCCGCCCUGUACCGAACAUCUUCUUCUACAUUGUACCAAUCUUCACAAACCUGGGCGGAGUCUUCACCCUCAUCGUGUUCAUCGUCAUCCGCAGGAAGCCAGCAAACAGUACCGGGGGCUGCACUAUCCCGAGUUAG